AUGCUCGCCCCCAGGUUCGCUGCCGUUCCAGCGCGCCUGAUGCCCGUGAGUGGGAGGGAGGUUCGGCUGCUGCAUGUUUCCCCAGCCUCCAAGGACGCCCGGACAUCGCCGGGCCGAAGCCCGAGUGGCCGGGAUGGGUCUCGUGCUGGAGGGCUCCUGUCCAACCGGAACGCGCUUGGCGUGCUCUCGGUGGGCACAGCCCCACAGGAAGCAGUGUCCGCGCAGGCGGAGGCGACCCCCGAGAACAAGAAGCGGGUCCAUCGCUGCCAGUUCAACGGCUGCAGGAAGGUUUACACAAAGAGCUCGCACCUGAAGGCACACCAGAGGACACACACAGGUGAGAAGCCCUACAAGUGCUCGUGGGAGGGCUGUGAGUGGCGCUUCGCCCGGAGUGACGAGCUCACGAGGCACUACCGGAAACACACGGGCGCCAAGCCCUUCAAGUGUAACCACUGCGACAGGUGUUUCUCGCGGUCGGACCACCUGGCCCUGCACAUGAAGCGGCACAUCUGAGGGCCCGCGGCCGGUCCGGUCCUGCUCGGGAGCCGGAGCCGAUCAGAGCCCGGCUUUCAGUCAGCCCGUCCUGCGCUCGCCGCCACCAGGGAGGGAGAGUACGACACAAAAGAGAGAGAAAAAUUCUUUUUAAAAAAAAAACAAAACAAAACAAAACGCACACUUUGAAGACUGUCCAUCAUCUUUGUAGCAGAUAUGCGAUUAGCCAUGCCUUACCUACCUAGCCAGGGAUGGGAGUCAGACACUGCCAAACAACUGCUGAUCCAGUCAUGCCUCAUAUGUACAUAUAUCUUUUUUUUUUUUUUGGAGCUACUGUUGCCACGGAAUCUGGAGAGGCUAGAGUACAAUCUUCUGCAAUGCCCACCAACUACCGGCCUGCCUCCGGGACACUGUGGAGGUCGUGGUUGCUUUGAGAGUUGAAGAUCGAUUCGCUCAGUGGGCCAUUUCUCUCCUCUUUUUCGGAGAAUGGGAAGGUUCCAAACGAUCCAGGCAGGGCGCACUUGAUCUCUGGCCGUGGGGCGGAAGCUCGUCCAGGAAUCGCUGGACAGGGACAGCGGUCAGCCAGCAGCUGGGCCUGUCCUGUUUGUUUGGAUGACUACACAAAGAGGGGGGGACAGCUCUUCUCUGCCCACCUUAAUGCCUGCCGAUUCGCAGGCGCCCGAUGACUACGCAGCGACACUUUCUUGCCUUUUUUUAAAAACAAACGUUGUUUCUCAGCUGAAACGUCUUAAAAACUCACCGAACGGUUGCUUUGUGUAUGUGCGCGUUCAGCUGCGCGUGCCACAGGGGGGACACGACUCGUGUGCACUAAGCAAAAUCGGUAGCUUCUUCCUAAGCACUGACUGUGAGGAGAAGGACAGUGGACAAUGGUUUGAUCGGAAAGACUUUGUCAAUCCUGAAACGGAAGGAAAGGCCUGUUCUGUGCUUUCAAUCCAAACUGCAGAGCUCUUAAUCCCAGAAGGCUUUGCCUUCUUAUUUGCGACCUAGAAAACUUGAAAUCCUCUUUGGCAAAUGGAACCUUUUGGUCCGUUCUGGAGCAACACAACCCAGGAGGACCAUUAUCCCUGCCGGACAGCCUUGGGGAGUUCCUGGGGGGGGUGGUGAGACGUGACUGUGGUUUGGGGUCCAACUCCAUCGCAGGAGCUACCAGGAUCCCAGGACUCUGAUGUUACUUCCAGCACAGCUCGCCCGCUUCUUAUCCCAUCGUCCGCACUGACUGUUUUCAUCCGUGUUUUCUUAAAAUCGAAGGAAAAAACAAACAAAAAAAAUACACUCACACGCACACCAACUGACAUGAACAGAACGUUUUCUUUGCUCACAGCUUUUCGUUAUGAAAAGCAGCAAAAAAAAACACACACGCAAAAACUGUAAAACACUGCGUGGCAGAGCGACAGACCGUGUCCGGGAGUGGCUCUGCGGUAAAGUGUUUUAACGGUAGAGGAUUAACUACCGCUGUUCUGUAAUAACGGUUUACGUCACAUCAGACCGAAACACACGGGAAAAAUAAGGGCAUCACCAUUUGCUCUCCCGUGUUUAACUGCCGUCUCCAGGUGUCCUCGGCCUUAGCGUUCACCACCCUGUACUCCCGAUCCAGGAAAGAAACUGGGAAUCUCCCCUCCUCCUGAUCGCGCCACCCGCAGGGGAGUCGUCGUUGUCGCCCUGCUCGCCCACCGGUAAUCGGGACAGGUCGUUGACACAGCACGACGCUCCGGCCGGCUCAGGAAACUGCUGCUGCUAAGCAACCCAGGACUCCGCGAGGCGGACUGACAGCCCGGCGGGAGGAGAUUAGCGUCGCGCGUGCUCGUCAGGACGCGUCAGCGGAGCAGUUUCUCUCAAAGACCGACAGAAACCGAUCGUUCAGUGAAGAGGUGGUUAUACCUGUUGGGUCUUUCCGUUUGAUUUGGGACGGGAGGGGUAAUGUGAGAAAACGGGAACUUUUAAAAAAACGAAACAAAUUAAAACGAACAAGCCAAAUUUCGCGAGGUUUUCGGAUGUUGUUCCUGCUCUCGUACAAUCGGCGGGCACCCCUCUGCCCGCGGGACUCUGCGUGACUGCGCACGGCCGGAAGCCUGCUGUCUGCCGGGCUCUGACGUCACUUCCUGUGUGGUGUUCUCUCCCAUGAGUAGAAACAAUCCCGCCAGCUUGCUGCGCGCUGCAAUCUUCAGGCGUACAUUGUUAGUUUGAAGUCACCCAGACACGCCUCGGACUCAGUUCCUCACGUUAAAGACACUCCCUUGUUUGAAAGGGGUAGGAACGGAGUCACCAAAACAGACUGGACCUGUUUCAACUGCGUGUAGCCGUCAAGCAGCUUAAAGAUUUAUGUGAUGUUGCACAAACCCAGCGUGGUUGGAUCUUAUAGCGGGGAGAGAAGGGCAGAUGUAAAGUUAGGGUGAGGGGAACUGCCACCCGUCGGUGCCAGCUGGUUGACAUCUCCCCUCCCUUCCCACUGCCUGCGCUGUCAGGGGCCACAGUGGCCCCAUGCUACACUCCCCACCUCUGGACUACCUGAUGUUUAACACUGGCAGCAGUUCUGUGAGGAAAAAGCCCGGGAUCAGUCCUGUCCCUUAACACAGAUUCAGACCUGAGCUGAUCAGCCUGACUUUUCCACUCCCACCUGUUUCAAACCGUUUCACUUUUCUCCGAGCAGUUCCCCCCCCUGAUUAUUUGCUAGAUCUUCAGCAGCCGGGACAGAUGAGCCGUUCCGAAUCGGUUAGUGGCCCUGGAGGGGUGGGUGGGUCUCGGGUCCCACACUGGCGUGGGUCGCGCGAGCCCAGGCUGCCGGGUUGGGACCGUCGCGGGACGACUGCGGCGGCACCGUCGCCACUCUGAUGCUAACAACGCGAGCAGAAAAAAAACCCAGUUUGGAAACCGAGACCGUUUCACCCAGCGAGAGGGAAAGGCGUGGAUACGGGACGACCAAAAUAACGCUGACCGAAGAGGCGAGAAGGGAACGUGCUUCAAAACGAACCAAAAAAAAAAACGAAGCGAGGAGGCCCGGCAGCCUCAGCCUGGUCUGGUCUGGUCUGGUCUGCCUGGAUGGGUCCUCGUGCAAGUGGACGUCAGUCCCCCUGCGGUCUCUUACUGCCCUUCCUGCGCUCGCUCCCAGCACGAUCCACCGCAGGACUGCAAACGCCCUCCCAAAGAUUGUGCAUCCCCUCAGACAUUUCCUCCCGACCCUUUUCUGUCCUUCCCAGUCUCCUCGUCUUGGCGGGGGGAGGAGGGGGGCAUGCCCUGUUCGGGAGCAGGAUCGGGGGUGUAGAGUGGCCGCCAGGGGCAAGGAGCCUGACACCCGAUGGAGUGGAUAUAGCUUUAUAAGGUCCGUGCUGCCUGUCGCUAUGCAGGUUGGACGUUGAACAAAAACACAGAAAACAACACGCGUCGGAAAAAAAAAUAGAAAAAAAGGAAAAAGCACCCCAAAAAAAGCAGGCUUCGGGGCCUCAGUGACUUAUAGGAGUUGUGGUGAAAUAAAAUGUUCCUCUUCUUAAUCACAGCAUAACAUUUCAAUCCAUUAAUCGCACUCUCUCUGUAUACUACUAGCCUAGCCUAUCAGUUUGAGCACUCCUCUGUGAGAUAGCCACUUAACAUGUUCUGAUUCUCAAAGAUGCACUGUCCACCCUGACCCCCGCAGGACCCUGAUAACCAUCUGACCUCCAGAGCCCCUGGGACGUCUCUGGGCUUUGGAUCAGCUUGGAGGUGAUAACUGAAAGGCGCUAAACAAAGCACAUUGGAGUGGUUAGGGCAGUUUGCCUGUGCAGGUCAGCGGCUCUCCUGGAUAUUGCAUCUUUGAGUGUGUUUGUAGCUGCUGUGUUUGUCCAUAUUCCGUGUGUCAGUGUGUAAAAUCAGGGGGUCCACCAUUUCACCCUUCCUCCCCUGACUCCCCUCCCGGGUCUCACAGCAGUGCAUCCUGGGAGUUGAGCUGCCUGGAAGCUCAGAGCAUGCUGGGACUUGACUCCUGGUGGAGCAGAGGGGCCCAGGAGUUCAGCCACUGCCUUGGGCUCCAGCCACACAGAGCACUGGCGCAGGGAACGGGAGUGUGGAAUCAGAAAUCUGCUUUCAAUCCCUCGUACAACUGUAAUUGUACAUUUCCUACAGGCCUUGCUUUGUUUUGGUUUCGGGGGUUUUUUUUUGUAUUUUUUCUUUUUAUUUUGUGAGAGACGGGGCUUGACACAGCACACUUGUCUGUGAGAGAGCACCAGGCAGGUACCUGUCAGCGUUCUACAGACUUCAGUCCUGAACUGUUUUAGUUCCAGGAGAACUGCUUGCCAUUUCUACAAGUGCUUCUUUUUUCCCGGUCAGAGGACCAGCCACUGUGUGGCAAUAGGGUUCCUGUUGAUUCCAUGAAAUUAGCUAGUAAUGCACAGGAGGUGUGUCAGCAAGACCUGUCUUGACGGCACCUGGUUUUGUUUUCAUUAUUGAAGACGUGACGACUUUGCGAAGAGUGGCCCCUAUCUCCUCUCCCCCAUGCCUGCACCCAUGCUCACACCCCGUCCCCUAGCCAGAGCUUACUUCUGUCACCUACACUUUCUUAUUUCUUUUUUUUUUUUUUUUGGCUGUACAAAGUGUUUAAAAAUAUUAUUUGUAUUAUAUGAUGUUAGUAUGGUAAUGUUCUUUAUUAAGGAAGAAGAAAAUUUAUUUUUGUUACUGGUCUGUUUCAUAAUUCUUUUUUAAAUUGGUAUUGUAAGAUAUCUAUGCAAGAACUGUUCUGUGGAGCCUUUUUAUUUAAGAAUGUAAUAUGUGUAAUAAAUGGUAGAAUCUGCUUGGCUUGGGAUUAAAAUUUCUCUCCCGUG